UCUCGAUUUUGGGCGCGAACAGGACUCACAGAAAUUAGGGCUUUGAAUCGGUAGCCAGAAAUUUUUAUCGUUGGUCAGAAAUGGCGGAUUUCGGAGAGCGGAUUGAGGAAAUUAAAGUGAUUAUAUCGUCGAAGGACAAAGCAUUGGCUUACGCCGAGCUUCUGCAGUUGCAGGAAAUCUCAGCCGUUGAAUCUUCUGCCUUGGGUACACUCGCCGAUUCAUCUCAUGCUAUCCUUUCGUUUGUUGUGGCGGAUAUCCAUGAUAACGAAGAAGAAAUAGCUUCUCAGGCGUUGAAGUGCUUGGGUUUCAUGAUUUACCACCCUACCGUCGUGGCUUCCAUCAGAGGUGAUUGUGCUGAUGCAAUAAUUGAAUCACUGGAGAAGGUCAUUACGACAACUAAAAUCAAGUCUGUUUGUAAUUUAGGUGUGUGGUGUAUAUCGAUCCAACAAUUCAGUUCAUCGUUUCUGGCUCCACAUUUACAGUCUUUGCUGAGGGCAGUUACCCAUGCCCUUGAUAACCCAAUCGGGUCGCUUUCAAUAACAUUCGAGGCAAUGCAGGCUGUCGAAAAGUUGGCUUGUACAUUAACUGAACAUAUGAGAAGCAUGGCAAGUUUGUGGACUCCACCGAUUUACAGAAGGCUUGUCAGUCUUGAUAAAAGGGACAGAGAUAUAUCUGAGAGAUGUUUGCUGAAGAUUAUGCCCAUAAUACGUCCUCCGCCAAUUACUCUCGCCAAGGCACUUGCUGAAGAUAUGAAGAAAAAAUUGCUCGUGGCUAUGAAGGAGCUACUGGACAAAGGGAUGAAGAUUCCCUGUUUGCAAGCAUGGGGGUGGUUCAUUCGCCUUCUUGGACCAUACGCAAUAAAGAAUAAGCAUUUGGUUAAUGAGAUGUUAAAAGUUCUCGAACAGACGUUCUCAGACUUUGACUCACAAGUUCAGAUUGCAUCGCUGGUCGCAUGGCAAGGUCUAAUUGAUGUUUUAAUCGAGCCCGAAGUUGAAGGGAGCCUCAACAAUUUCGCUAAGCGACACGAUGUUCAAGUGUUGAGCACAUCCGAGUCGAACAACACUCAGUGCGAAACUGACAGACACACAAAAAGAAUUAAGCUUAUUAUGGAACCCAUCAUAGGAAUCAUGUCAAGUAAAUGUGAUGUUUCCGUCCGUGCGUCCUGCUUGAGUGUAUGGUCUUAUUUAUUACAUAAACUCGGAGCUUCUGUCAGCUCUCAGACAGUAAUUAAAAAUGUCUGGGAGCCCAUUAUUGAAGGUGUCUUCCGAACUGGGCCAGACAAACAGAGCAUCUGGUUAUGGAAUUUCUGUCAGGACCUUUUUGAUAUUCUGAUUUUGGGAAGAAAUAAUACCAUAGGUGGUGAUGUGGCAUUUGGGAAGUGCUCAGUGAAGCACUAUCCAAUAAACUGUUCUACUUGGAGCCUAUGCCAGCUGGACUUCUUCAUCAAAAUGAUAUCCGUACUCGUUAAUCAUGAGUCCAAUAAUUCCACCGCGACAUCUGAAUUCAGAAGGCUGGCAAGUGAUGCUGCUCUAAGGUUAUUUGGAUCUCUUCUGGAAACAGUGCAAAGAGCUCUACGAUGUGUGUCCACUACUUACGACGAUGCUAUUCGUUGUUUGAAUACUAUAUUCAGGUUUCUUACGAACAUGUGUGAAAAUAGCAAGCGUUAUUGUCUUCACACAUGCCUCGAAUUUCUAAAGGUGGCGACGGAGAGAUUAGAACCCUCCGUUCUGGAAUCUCCUCUUUACAAGGUGGCCUUAGAGAAUACGUUCAUUAAAAAUUUAGAAAGUGGUAAUGAGAUUAGAUGUGUGACAUUGCCCGGUAUCUGCUUAGUGGAUUUUGAGGAAACCGUUCUUCCAGUAGUGUAUUUGAGUAAUCUCUAUUUCUACGUUGUCGUAAAUUCAUCUUUGAAGGCACACGAAUCUGAGUCCGUAUUGCAGCACAUGCAAGGAUAUUUGAAGUAUUUGUUAUCUUCAUAUAAUCCUGGGGAAGUUCUUCAUGCAUUUACUCGUUUGCUGUAUAAAAACACCGUGUUUAGUAGCUUACAGAUUUGGGUUGUUUUAGUAAACUCUCUUAAAGAAUGCAUAGAAGGUAAGCAAGAUCAAUCAAUACAGAAAAUGGUGAAAGACGACAUUGGUUAUUCUGUUGUAUUGCAUCUCCUAUCGUAUCCCUUUGCUUCAUGGUCGUUCUGUCAGAUGAACGUUGAGCUACAGAUUAUUGUCGAAGUAUGGAAGUCGCUUUAUGUAUCUGUUGACCAAGCUUCACAAUCUGCUCAUUUGCCCGACAAGAGUUUCUCCGAAGAUUUCUCCGCGAUUCUGAAUGGAUGCAUUGAUCAAUUUUCAUCGGAAGUUGAUACGGGAACUGAGCUUCAGCUGAAAGAAAGGAAAUGCAGUGGUGGUUUUGUUCUACUUUCUGGAAAAAUUGCCAUGUGUGUCCUAAAGCAAUUGGCUUUGAGCAUAAAGUCUGACGGGCGGCAUAAUAUAAAUUGCGAUGGCCGAAAAUCCAAUAUCUUGAAUAGCAUGGCGUUAGCAGCUCGGUUUUUGAAGCUGUUUUGGGCGAAUAAAGAAAAAACCGACCCAUCCCAUCUCUCUGUGGCAUCAAGAUUUUUGUCGGAAUUAGUCGACUUUGUUGGAUGCCUUCGCCAGAAGGAAGACACUCUUAUAUUAAUCGAGACUAUAUCGAGUCCAUUGCUCGAGUGGCUAUCGGAAAUGCAUAUUCUUGACAAGAACACAAGCUAUCAACUUCAACUACUAUGGACCGAAAUGCUUAAAGCUCUGCAGAAAAAUCGACCACCGACCGAUUUCAACUCUUCGUUGCUCAAAUUCCAACAGCCCCCUCUCGAGAUAGCUCUAGACCACCCAAAUCCAGCUAUCUCUAAUGCUACUAUCAAUUUCUGGAACUCAACUUACGGUGCACAAAACAAGUUAGACUUCCCCAAAACCCUAGCUCCUGUACUACACAAGCUGUCUAUAUGUGGGAAGAUUAACAUUUGCAGUGGCGAUCGCUGUAUAGAAGAUAGCGCGCAGACGUUUAAGGUGACGAAUACGUUGAAGAGAUGCUCGAAAAGAGUCGAAAUUACGGGGGGUGCCGUAAAUGUAUUUGAAAAGAUUGAUUCGGGUUCGAAGAGGAAACGGCUGCAUGAGCUGACGGAGCAUCAGAAAGAAGUGAGACGAGCACAGCAAGGGCGGAAUAGGGAUUGCAGUGGGCAUGGACCUGGUGUAAAGACAUACACUGCCCUUGAUUUUUCUCAAGGAAAUGAAGAAUCACAAGACAGCCCCAGAUGUUAGAGAUUCUGAGUCAAUCUUGGAGAUGGUAAGAAAAGUUUGUAGAUAGCUUAGAAUCUUUUGCAUAUGUAAAUAAAUUUGUAACAUCUGUUGUAGAGUUCUUGCUGCAUUAUUCUGAAAUUUCGUAAUAUUAUUUUCUACGUA